AUGGGGGCCCCCAUAGGCCGGGGGGCCCCUGGACCUCUGGGGGCCCUGGGGGCCCCCAGGGGCCCCUACGGGCCCUCUAGGGGCCCCCAGGGGCCCCCAAAGUACUUUAAACACCUUAAGGGGGCCCCAAGGGGCCCCGACGACUCCCAGGGGGCCCCCUGGGGGCCCCCGGGGCCCCCUGAAGCCCCCUGGGGCCCCCCGGGGCCCCCCGGGGCCCCCGAGGCCCCCGGAGGCCCCCCGGGGCCCCCCGGGGCCCCCCGGGGCCCCCGGAGGCCCCCCGAGGCCCCCCGAGGGCCCCCGAGGCCCCCCGAGGCCCCCUGGGGGCCCCCGAGGCCCCCCGAGGCCCCCUGGGGGCCCCCGAGGCCCCCCGAGGCCCCCUGGGGGCCCCCGGGGGCCCCGGGGGCCCCCGAGUUGGGAGUUAGGGAGAUUGGGGAGUUAGAAGCGGACCUGGAUGUGUCUGUUGGCCCUGAGGAUGGUGGGGGGGAAGGGCCAGAAGAGUUUGUGGUUGGCGAGGCAGCAGCAGCGGGGCCCGUGGGCAGCCAGCAGCAGCACGAGGUCUUGGGGGAUGUGGGCAUUGAGGCUUUGCCGCUGCUCCGUCAGAGCCAGCAGCAGCAGCUGCUGCAGCAGCAGCAGCAAACCCAAACUGUCCCCCCGCCCCACAGUACUCUUCCCCGCUACCCUCCCCCGGGGGCCCCCAAGGCCCCCACGGGCUUCCCGCACAAGGGGCCCCCGGGGGCCCCGGGGGCCCCGGGGGCCCCAGGGGCUCUGGGGGCCCCGGGGGCCCCAGGGGCUCUGGGGGCCCCGCGGGCCCCGCGGGCCCCGGGGGCCCCGGGGGCCCCAGGGGCUCUGGGGGCCCUGGGGGCCCCUGGGACUCUGGGGGCGCUAGGGGCCCCUGGGGCUCUGGGUGUCCUGGGGGCCCCUGGGGCUCUGAGGGCCCCUGGGGCUCUGGGGGCCCUGGGGGCCCCUGGGGCCCCGCCAAGCCCCCGGGGGGCCCCCGGGGGCUUAGGGGGGCCCCAGGCCCUAGGGGGACCCCGGGGUGAGGGGCCCCCCAGUAGCCCGAUAAGGGGGGGCCCCCAAGAGGGGGGGGGCCCCCAAGAGGGGGGGGGCCCCCAGCCCUCCGGGAGGCGGGGGAGGGGCAGGGGAGGCCCCCAGGUGCCAUUGCUGCAUGCAGCGCUGCAGCAGCAGCGCGGGGAGACUGCUGCUGCUGCUGCUGCUGCUGCUGCGGCUGCUGCUGCUGCUGCUGCUGCUGCUGCGCGGAGAAGGGGGGCCUCGAGGCGCUGGGGGCCCCCGAGGCAGGCAGUGGCGAGCAGCAGCAAACUCAGCAGCGCUGCAUGCGUUUGA